AUGGCCGACAGAAUGCCAGAAGUGCAGAGCAGUGAAGGAAUAUCCAUCCAUUCCUUCUAUUAUAAGAGAACCUUGCAGAUGGAUCAAGGCCUCUGCUAUGAGUCCAGAAACACUUCAUGCCUGAGAACCAUCUAUCCCAUACCCCUACGUAUUGCUCUCUACGUGGUUCUCGGGUCCACGGUCAUUCUAACAGUGUGUGGAAACCUUCUGGUCACUUUCUCUAUCGCUUAUUUUAAGCAGCUCCAUACUCCAACCAACUACCUGAUUUUAUCUCUGGCUGUGUCUGACCUUCUUCUAGGGGUGUUAGUCAUGUUCCCUGGCAUGAUUCGAACUAUUGAGACUUGUUGGUAUUUUGGUGACUUCUUCUGUAAAAUCUACAUGAGUUCUGAUGUCACGUUGUGCACAGCAUCAAUUAUAAAUCUGUCGUUCAUUUCUAUUGAUCGAUACUACGCUGUUUGCCACCCUCUGCUUUACAGAACAAGAAUAUCUACUAAUGCUGUGUUCAUCAUGGUUUUACUCUGCUGGACUAUUUCACCCAUCAUAGGCUUUGGAAUGAUUUUCUUGGAGUUGAAUAUUUGGGGAAUUGAGGAUUUUUACUAUAAUCAUGUUGUGUGUGAAGGAGGUUGUGUUUUGUUUCAAAGUGGAGUGUCAGGCACACUGUCAUCGCUAAUUUCUUUUUACUUACCAGGAAUCAUAAUGCUUGGUGUUUACGUGAAGAUCUUCUUUGUUGCACAGAAACAGUUUCACAGCAUUCAGAACGCAUGUUCUGUAAAAAUGUCAAACAAAAGCCAGACCAAAGCCACUAAAACACUGGCUAUUGUAAUGGGGGCUUUUCUUUCUUUUUGGACUCCUUUUUUUGUCUGUAACGUCAUCGAUCCUUUUAUAAGUUACUCAACUCCACCAUUAUUGUUUGAGACAUUAGUGUGGGUGGGAUAUUUUAAUUCUACCAUAAACCCUAUAAUAUAUGCAUUCUUUUAUAGCUGGUUCAGAAAAGCUUUGAGAUUAUUAACCUCAGGAAGCAUCUUUAAAUCAGACAUUUCUGACACAACACUCUCCAUUGAACAAAUCUAA